AUGCGGACAUUCGUGGCACUUCUAGUUCUGGGCCUGUGCUCCUCCUCGAUGGUGGUUCGAGCCGACUUUGACCACUACAUCACGCUGAAGAGCUUCCCGAAUGCGCUCAAGGAGUGCGCCGAGUACUUUGAGGUGUCCGAUUGUACCCUCGGAAAGUACAUCGACGAUUCGUACCCAAACUGCGAGAUCGUCAAGCAGCUGAUUCGCUGCUCGCUGAUCAACCUCGGCGCCUGGGAUGACUCGGAGAAGGUGCGUGAACACGUCAUCCGGAACUUCUUCCAGCCGGCCGUCGGUGAUACCUGCUAUGCGAACCGCACCAAGGAGUGCGUUCAGGGUGUUCUGCAUCGCGCGGACUGCAAGGACGUGUUCAGCCAGGCUUACGAGACCUUCCAGUGCUACUACCGCCAGUACGGCAACCUGAUCGACAGUGACCAGUUCAUCCCGAACGAAGCCCGCGAGUUGACCCAGCUGCAGCUGACCUCCAACGAGAUCCAGCAUCUGCCGCAGUGCGUCCUCGUUCAGUACAGCAAGGGAGACAUCAUCGACGAGCCGCACUUCCCGGCCGUCUUCUACGUCGGUUCCGUCCGGGGUGGAUACUACAGCAGCCACGGUGGAGUCUCGCUCGAGAACCUUUACACCCAGUACGGAAACCCGGAACUGCUCACCGAGCAGACCAAGCAGUGCACCGUAGCGGUCGCCCGCGAGUUCUGCGAUGCUUCCGAGGUCACCAAGGCGUACCAGAUCUUCAAGAAGUGCCUCAAGGAUCUGUACCCGAUUCUGCACCUGAUCCAGGAGACGGCCAAGUCGCUGGUCUGCGACAAGUCCCCGUCCUGCGGGUGCAGCAAGUGUGGCCACCACCAGCCGCCGAGCCAUCAUCGGUACAAUCACUGA